GACGGAGGCCAUCAUGUCGACGUCUACUGUUGAGUUGUCGGGACUGCGCCCGAGGGCGAUGUCCGCGCCGGAGUUUCACGCCUUGGUCGACGCGAGCGUUGAGCUCAAGACUCAAGUUACAUCCUCCAUCCUGUUUAUUGUCUAAUACACCCUCCUUCCCUGCCGUUCAUUACCUCGACCGUUCACAUGUCUGGCGCUGGUGAUCUGCGGUACGCACGCACGCCAGUUUCGCAUUUGAGCUCGAAGUGGACCUCCGCGCCAGAGCGCUUGACGCAAGCCCUGAGCACCAAGCUUGGCAAAGUGCGAUUCCUGCGACGGCUGUCAUACACGCUACACGGAUACCUGUUCUUCCUCCACAUUGUGCUGUUCGCGGUAUGCUAUCACCACCUCGAGGAGGGCCUCACGAUCCCCCUGAGCGGCGACGGCAACUUCGAUAACUUGACUUCAACGGUCAUCACUGUCUCGGGAACCGUCUUCGCUACACUCUACGGCGCGCUGCUCAUUUGGCUCACACAGCGGCUCGCCCUGCGGCGUUUGUUGACAAGCGAGCAGACCUUGACCGCCAUGCACGAUGAGUUCAAAUCGUGGAUCGGCAUCGGAUCCGCUCUCCUUGCCCUAUUUGGCCAGAGCAGGAUUAAGAGCGCCCUCCCGUGGGUUCUGUGCAUAGCAGGGUACCUCGUGAACGUCACCGUCUUGCAUAUCACGAUGCCAGCCAUGUUCUCGCUGCAGGUCGGGAACCUGUAUCACCCGGACAAUAUCACUACGCAGAUGGCGUACCCGGACGUGUACAGCAUGCUCCACACUUGGCCAACGGAUGCGCGCGAUGCGUCGACGCUGCUGCAUGCUCUGUUCAGCGACGCAUCGAGCUUGCUGCCGUAUGUUCUGCUCCUUGACCCCGACAAGACCGUGGGGUUGGCGAAGGGGACUAUAUACGAUCAGCUCGUCACCAACACGCUCAGCGAUACGACCGCGCUCGUAAAUGCGACCACCUUUGACGUGUCCUGCGGCACGCUCGAUUCCUUGGAGGUGGAUGACACGUAUCCAAAAAGCGCACCUAUGUGGUACAGCGUCUCUCACGUGUAUCCAAAUGGCACCAGGCAGGAAGACAUCCGGGUCAAGUACAUUCAGCCGAACAACGCCAUGGCCCUCACCUGGCACAACAUCACCUCCGACGACAUACGUCCCGGCGCGAACCGGAGCUUUUAUCUGUACGGCACUUUCGACAUAGAGGACUCCGCAGGCGAUGUCCUCUCCAACUUCUCAUUGCCCGAGCCCAACGGGCAUCCUCCGAAUAUAUCGAUGAUCGGCUGCGAUCUCUACAGCCACAACCAUACCAUCCAGGUCGACACGACGACGCGGGUCGCAAAGUUGGACCAGGUGCCGGCUCUGCGCGAGAGCUCCUUGUGGUCAGUUUGGGAGCCUCAGGAUCCGGUUGCGCCGGACGACUUGGCGAUAUUGGACCUUUGGAUCACGGCGGUCAUGAAGCAGUACCAAACCAGCUUUACCUUGGGAGGGACGGGCGUCUAUAGACUCGGCUUCAUGGAGAAAUUUGUCGCUUCGUAUCUUGGGCUGCAGCUCCCAGGAUGGUCGGCCACGCAUGUCCCGCGCGGUAGGGUCAAGCUUCACCACGUCGAGAACGCGCUGAGCGAGCUUGCCGCCGCAUAUUUUUGGUCUCUCAAUCAAGUGAACACUGACAACCAAUACGGCAUCGAGCGCACGAGCAAUAUUGCCAUAGGCCGCCCAGAGGCCGUGCGCCGACUCCACCUGAAUCGCACCCCGGUAGUCUUCGGCCUCGGCGCAUCCACCCUGCUCAUGUUCAUGAACCUGCUACUCGUGCGCCCUCGAGAGACAAGAGCCAUAGGCGCCAUUGACGUCCUCGACACCUUGGGGCUCCUCCAGAUAGUCUGGUUCGUGCGAGGCCGCCCGGACGCCUUGAGCACCGUGGGUCGUGUACAGAGACCGAACGAACUGGACCUGCGGCAUGCGGGGAUGUUCGUUGUUCCACCUGAUGUACGCACUGCACCUGCUGUUGGCAUUCGUCCUGAUAUACGCUGUCCACCCAACGUAUGGGACCCAAACCCCGGCGGCAGUGAGCGCAUCGUCUCUCUCGCCUCUACAGUCUCCAGUUCGACGACACUCGUCAACGAGCAGCUGCAGACAAACGAUGUAGACGACGGCAAGCUACACAAAUCCGCCCCGUCGAACUGGGAGACCUUUGACGAUGGCUAUGUAUAUUUUUCACCACCUGACGAUUGUAAAGGAUCUUCGAGUUGCUGAUCAUCGUUCAUUCCUCUGUCCUGUCGCUCGCUUUGUUGGUCGUUACACACCUGCACCAUAGAUACAUUCCGACUCAAAUACUUUUGUAGAUCAGGCUCACGGACCUUUCCAUAUUGACGGACUGCAAUGCAUUACUAGUCUCACUGGAGAUAUUACUGAGCAAGUCAAGAAAGCCGAUGAUCAUUGCGCAU